CAGUAGACAGAGAGGAGCACAGGUUCGCGUCGUUGGUUUCAGUGAGUCAGAUUGGCAGUGAGCAUUCGAGCAUCGUAACCACUAUCCUCAUUCCUCACGGAUUGGGUUUCAACUUGAAGCCAAGUAACGAACCAACCUCUUCUUACCCUCUUUUCUUUCCCUUCAAUUCCUCUCCCCAAAAAAAUUAAAAGAAGACGUUAGGGUUUGGGUCCAAAGUAAAGGUCAUUUACUAGCGGGAAGAAGAAGGAACAAAGAAAAAAAAAACCCUACCCAGUGCGUGCGAUGUGAGAGUGAGAGUGAGAGACGACAUAUACAUAUAUAAAUAAAAAUUAGAUAGAGAUUAAAUUAGGGUUUUGAUGUUCUGCGAAUGCCAAGUUUUGAUGUAUUAUGAAUGGAGAUUUCCUGUGUCGUUUCGGAACAAUUCCUCGUCGCCGUGACCGUCACUGCCCUCUGUUUCUUGUUGGCGCUCUUCUCCCUCCUCCGAUCAUUCUCGCUCCCUUCUUCCCUCAAGAAAUUCAGAAAGCACUGCGAUUGCGCCUCUUCCGUUUCAAAUUCCGAUUCUGCGUCCGCCAGUGCCGUGCCCUACUUGAACGGCGGUGGCGCCGAAAUGCUGGAGCCGAGUCCCGUCCCCACUCCGGCGGCGUUGACUGAGCGGCGCACGGGGUCGUCGAUGAUGGAGGAAUUGGUUCCGGAGAUAACAACGCAUGCUCUCAGUUACUUGGAUUAUCCGAGUUUGUGUCGCCUUUCAAUGACCAAUUCUUUGAUGCGAAGGGCUGCCAAUGAUGAUAAUGCCUGGAAGGCCCUAUACCAUAAGGACUUCACAUUGGAACAAGAUAGUAUUACACCAAUUAAUGGGUGGAAGGCUUAUUAUGCUGCAACAAGAGCAAUUGUGAAUAUUAAUACAGAAUUCUUCAACAUUGUAAGAGAUAAGUCUACUCCAGCAAUGAGUCAUUUUUGGCUAAAUGCGGACUACGUGAAGUGCAUUCAUGCCUCAGGAGAACUCUUUUCGGGGUAUAAUGCGGUAAUGCAGAGUUGGCAACUGAUAUUCAACUGGGAGCAAGGAUUGAACUUUCAGGUUCGGGAUGUACGUGCUCGUGUCUUGACGGACAUGGCUUGGGUUACCAUGAGAACAUAUGUUGACAUGGAUACGGGGCCAUUCAAUGUGUCCAAUGUCUUUGAGUUCCAUAAUGGAAGGUGGUAUAUGGUUCAUCAUCACAGUUCUGUGAUGAAUGGAGAGGUGGAGCAACAGAUUGUGCAUGGAUAAAUAGUGAGAGAUGAUACAUUGUUAUGUCUGAUAUUGGUUAGAAAAGGUGGUUUUAUUUGCAGAAGCAAGAUGCUUGAAAUUUUUGUGAUUUCUUUGGAAGAUCCUUUUUUUGUUUCCAAUCUUAGUUUCAUUUUCAUACUGUAUAUAAGACAGGAAGUCGCAAUGGCGUCAGAAAAGAGUUAUAAGUACAGUAAUUGGAUUUAAGUAAACACAAAAGAUGGGUCGAAAGGAUUAGCUGUGAAUGAUAGGUUGGAUCAGGUUGGCUGGCAUCAAAUUUUAGGGCGAGACUUCUGAAAAGCAAGGCUGAGCAGUCGCGGGAGCAAAUGCACAAGCAUUCUCCAUUUUUGUUGUGCAUCCUAGUAUUGUGCAUUUUUUACCAUGAGUUGAAUUUUGGAUCCUUUGCUAACAAAAUGAUGGUUUUCUUGUAAAGCAUGAGUAUUAGAGAGUUAGAAUUGGAUGUCCGAUAGGUAUUGCUUUUACUUAAACGUACAAUACGGCGAUGUCAAACACGUGAUAACAGAUUUUGAAUGUAAAAAUGACCAGAAUAAAAUCAUGUAUAAUUUGAGAAUCUGCCGUUAAGAUUGUUUACGUU